CGCUCACAGCGCUGCGGGACGGAGGCUGAGCGCAGCACCGGCGCGAGGAUGAGGAUGGAUUAUAACUGAUGAACAGAGAAGCGCAAUGAUGGGCUGUUCAUCACAGCAUGCGUGUUCGUGACAGCGGGACUCAUUUAUUCACCUCUCAUGUUUAUUCAUGUGGGCUGAUGAAGUUCACCUGAUGCUGAGACGGAUCGUUUACUUAUAAGUGCACAAGAAAGUGAGCUUCCCCCAACUGAACCUCAAGGACAAACUCACGGAAUGUAAAUAUUCUUUGCAAAAAAAUACUUUUCCAGCGUUACUUUUGAUACCCAACCCGUCUAUAGCAAUUUUGCGCGUUUUGUAACGUUAGUUGAAGAUAUAUUUUUUUUUUGUUUUUGCGCAGAAAAUGCCAGCAGUAUUCUGAGCGGGUGGAUUUAACCUAUUUAUUUUAAUCUAAAAGCACUGUUGUGAGAGUUAUGACGCGGAAAUGCCCGUUUGACGAUGACUGGAGAACGUUAUGUCUGAGCGGAACGUUAUAACGGUCCGCCAAUGACGGAAAGUUGACGAACAUUGUUUUUAUUUAUUUUCUUUUGUUUUCUUUUAUUGUUCAACGAAACAACGUGAUGUUUUUGUUAAUAAGAAACGCUGUUUUUAGCCCUGACGCGACACCGCGACGCGUCGCGUAGUGUUAGCGUUAUUCUGAGGGUGUAGUGUGCGUUCUUCUGAGGGUCGGUGUGUGUGCGGUGUGCGUCCUUCUGAGGGUUCAUGUUCUGCUGGCCGCUCUUGCUGCUUGUGAUGGGCUGUAUUCAGAGCAUCAGAUGCAAACCCAAGAGUUUCCGGGACAGCAUCAUAGUUCUGGAGGUGAACUCCUCUAUCGACUCGAACCCCACUAGCAUCGACGAGUCCUCCAGCGUGGUGCUGCGCUACCGCACGCCGCAUUUCCGCGCGUCCGCCCGAGUUCUGGUGCCGCCGGUGGCCGGUAAAGAGAGCUGGACGGUCGGCUGGAUUCAGGCGUGCAACCACAUGGAGUUUUACAACAAAUACGGAUCCAAAGGAAUGUCCAGCUGGGAGCUGCCGGAUCUCCGAGACGGAAAAAUCCAAGCCAUCAGCGACUCGGACGGCGUCAACUACCCCUGGUACGGCAACACCACGGAGACCUGCACCAUCGUGGGUCCCACCAAGAAGGACACCAAGUUCACUGUCAGCAUGAACGACAACUUCUACCCCAGCGUGACGUGGGGCGUCCCGGUGAGUGACAGCAACAUGCCCAUGCUCAGCAGCAUCUGGAGGGACCAGAGCUUCACCACGUGGCUGGUGGCCAUCAACCAGGCGUCGGGCGAGAUCCUGGUGCUGCAGACGGUGCGCUGGCGCAUGCGUCUGCACAUCGAGGUGGAUCCCGACAAGCCGCUGGGACAGAGAGCCAAGCUGCGUGAGCCCAUCGCGCAGGAGCAGCCGCAGGUGCUGGGGAAGAACGAAGCCAUCCCGUCCAACGCCAUGGUCAAACCCAACGCCAACGACGCUCAGGUGCUGAUGUGGCGGCCGCGGACGGGCGAGCCGGUGGUGGUCAUCCCUCCCAAAUACUGAGACCCAAAUGGCUCGGGAAUCACUGUGCUAAACGCCGCUGCAAAAAGACAGAUUGGGAAUAUUGCAUCUCGGACCAGACGGAUGGAAAGAGUGUCCGAUUCACGCUGCCUUAAGUUUACAUUGCUUUCACUGCAAACUCUUCGCCUUAAACCGAGUGCAAUGCAGUAAACCCGCACGUCCUACCUGUCCGUAGAUUUUUGCACUGGAUGUGUCCCAGUUAGUAGUCGUCUAAUGGGACCGCGCUGACCGCCGCUCGCCCAACCAAACGAGGACACGGUCCUUAUGCAUUCAGUGUUUUCAGCAGGAGCUUCAGUGUUUUAGUUUUCUGUCAACCAGCCACUUCCAGUGUGUUUUACAAGAGUCCAAAAAUAUAUAUUUUCUACUACAUGUGACUUGCUGUGUCAGUCAGUGUCAAGACAUCAUGGCCAAUCGAUAGAGUUCUUACGAGCGAACGCGCAAACGAUCCGUUCUGCCGGUGUUUGAAUGAGAUGCGUGUGCAGCGACAGGAGCGCUGAAGGCUGCAUCUGCUCCUCAAAUCAAACACCAUCAGCAGAAGCUGCAGAGAGAAACAUGUCGUUCCCUAAUUAAUGCGCUGAGAAACCCUAGAAUGAGCGAAACUCGUGUCCAGGCCACAAUUCUGCACAAGAACUAGACAUGAUGUACGUCAAAGGUUUGAAAUAAUUCCGAUUUUUUCAUGUUUUUUGAAAGAAGUGUCUUCUGCACACCAGCGCUGCAUUUAUUUGACCUAAAAUGCAGUGUAACUGUGAAAUAUUAUUACAAUAAUGUAUAACUUUUAAUCAAGGAUGCAUUAAAUUAAUCAAAAGUGACAUUGAAGACAUUUAUAAUGUUACAAAAGAUUUCUGUUUCAAAUAAUUGUUGUUCUUUUAUCUGUGACUCGUGAAAAAUAACAUGCAUCACAGUUUCCACAAAAAUAUUUGGCAGCACAACUUUUUUUAACAUUGAUAAUGAUCAGAAAUGUUUCUUGAGCAGCAAAUCAGAAUAUUUGAAUGAUUUCUAAAGGAUCAUGCGACACUGAAGACUGGAGCAGUGAUGCUGAAAAUUCAGCUUUGAUCACAGCAAUAAAUUACAUUUUAGUAUGUAUUCAAAUAGAAAAGAGUUAUUUGAAAUUGUAAUUAUAUUUCACAUUUUUUCCUGUCUUUUUGUUUAAAUAAAUACAGCCUUCAAAGGUGCUUUAAAAGCUUUAAAAGGAAGAACCAUUUUUGGUUCCACAAAGAACCAUUCAGUUAAAGGUUCUUUUUCACCACAAAGAACCUUCUGUGAAACAGAAAGGUUCUUCAGAUGUUAAAGGUUCUUUAAGGAACCGAUUAGACAAAAAAGGUUCUUCUAUGGCAUCGUGAAGCACCUUUAUUUUUAAGAGUGCUGGUGAGCAGACGAGACUUAUUUCAAAAACAUUUUAAAAAUCUUACUGAUUCCGAACCAAUAGUGUGUAAAUACUUUAACAUUUUUAUAAUAUAUUUUUUGCAUUGCAGUGUUGAGAAUUUGAGGUCAAAUUUGCUUAACCUUCAUGAAAAUGCAAUUAAGCACAAUUUUUAUCCAUUCUGCAACAAGACAAAACGCACUUCAGCGCUUCCUGAUGCCAUUUGUUAUUGAUCCCAUUGAAGGCCUUAUUACACUGAGAUGCGAUUGUGUUGAUGGACAGAUGAGCGUUGAUGAUGUGAUUUAGUCCAGCUGGAGUCAAACGCUGACCAGCAUUUAUGUGCACACGUGGAUCGAACGCCACGACAGAUACUGAGCUUUACAACCAUCUUCAUCAGCGCAGCGGUCAGCGCCGGACGCCUCCUCAUACAAUCAAUCCAGUGACCGCAUGGAAAAGACCAUCAUAUGUGUUUUAUUUCAUCAGUUGCUUUUGGAUGUUUGAGUUAAUCUCAUGUGUGUUUGAUACUUUCACAUGACGUGUGUGUGUUUGGAUGCUUAUACACAACAGGACUGAAUUCAGAUUUCUGAGAUUUGUACUUCCAGCAGACUUAUCCAUCAUAAGAUCAAAUACAUUCAGUAUUAAACGCUCGUGUUCAUGUCAAGACUCCUCGUUUGGCUUGAAAUACUGACCAGAUGAGACACAGUGUGACAUCUGUAGGACAAUAAAUCCACAAUAAAUCCUCCAAUCAUUUAGUUUUGAUAGGAAAUAGUUACAGUGAGUCCCUUCAGCUCCAUUAGCAGCACAACAUGUUUAUACUGCAGUGUGUGUGUGUGUGUGUGUGUGUGUGUGUGUGUGGCGUCAGAGUGGCAUUUUUGUUUUCUCUUUUCAGAAGGAACGAUGGGAUUUGGGGCCGUUUUAUAGCUUUGACAAUAAUACUUGAAAAACAGAAGUGGGAAACAUUUCAAACUGUGAAGAUGCACAUUUGUGAGAGCAAAACAUUCAAAGACAGUUGAAUUUUUCAUGAAGAAUAAAACUGUGAUAUUCA